UCCCUGUAAAAACGUAUGCUUAAAGCAAGCUCUGAUUCAGUCAACGUGAAGUUAUUGCGAUCUUUAAGGAGUUGUUUUGCACUCGGUUUAUUAAGAAAAUAACCUUUGAAGAAAGUGUUUGAAACGUUUGCAUUCAACUAAAGCAUUAGCUCUGCUGUUUGUAAGAUGGCUGAGGAAGAUGAGCAAAGAUGUAUUGAGGAUAUAAUGAAAAAGGGGAGGUCACAUAAGCUGACAGAGAAGGCUUUAGACGAGAGAUUGCAGAGGUACAUUGCAUUGAGAAGAAGAACAAUAGGAACUCUGACAAGCAAAAAAAAGGAGUUAGAAUCAAUGAUGAGCGAUGCACAAAAUCUACAAAUGGUGAAAAACAUCAUGGAAAAUGAUUUUGCAACAUCACUAAAUGAGUUUAACCGUCUUAACAAUGAAGUUGAAAAUCUUUUGACUGAAGACGAAAAAACAGCUGAUCAAGAGAUGUGGUUUGAACCUAAAAUGGCAGUAAUUAGACAAUUUAUGAAGACCACAAAAAAUUGGAUUUCAGCUGAGCAUGAACGCAUACUGCCACUGGAAAAGGUGCUGCAAGAACAAAAUGUGGUUGAUUAUCUGCAAGAAACUGUUAAACCAAAUGACAGUGUUUCACAGGUGGGGUUCAAUGAUGUCACACAUGUCAGCACACGUGGAUCACAAGUCAGUCGCCACUCAGCUGUGUCACGAGUAUCAUCAGCAAGAGCUAGACAGGAAGCAGAACAUGCAGCCCUGCUCGAACGUGCUGCAGCACUAAAGAAAAUGCAACAGCUUGAGUUUGAAGCAGCUAAAAUCAAGGCUGAAAAGGAAGAGUUAGUGCUGGAAACUGCUUUAGCUGAGAGUAAAGCAAAAUUAAGGGUGCUUAAAGAAUAUGAAAGAUCUGAAGAUGGUUUAAGUAGUUACUCGGCAGUGCAAAAGCCACAAGGUGGACACGUGAAGGAAAGAACUAGCAUUUUGCUUCCACAGCAAGCUAAUACGAACACUCAUGUUCAACCACAUACACAGCACUCCCGAAUACAACAACAAUCGCAACCAGUCUUCAAUGUGUCUAAUGCUCAAUCUAACAGAGGUGAUGACAUAAUAUCGGUUAUGCAAAAACAGAAUGUAAUCACGGAGCUACUAGUAAAACAACAGCAGCUAUCUCAUCUACCAAUUAAGGACAUUCCUGUGUUCAAGGGUGAUGCGCUACAAUGCAAAUCCUUCAUGAGGGCGUUUGAGCAUGCUAUAGAGCAGAAAACCAGUAAUGAUCAAGACAAAUUGUACUUCUUGGAACAAUUUACGGCUGGUGAACCUCAAGAGCUUGUUCGCAGCUGUGCUCAUAUGACCCCAAAGAAAGGCUACUGCGAGGCGAAGCGACUACUUCAUAAGCACUAUGGGGAUGAAUUAAGGAUUGCAAGCGCGUACAUCGAUAAAGCACUCAAAUGGCCUCAAGUAAAAUCUGAUGAUGGGAAAGCGUUGAGCGCCUAUGCAAUGUUUUUGAUUGGAUGUCGCAAUACUAUGGAAGACAUCGAAUUCUUAGAGGAGAUGGAUAACCCAACCAACUUAAGGACAGUGGUGUCUAAGUUACCAUAUAAAUUAAGAGAACGUUGGCGUGCUGAAGCUUAUGACAUAAAAGAACGAAGAGGCAGACGAGCAAAGUUUGCAGAUUUGGUGAGUUACAUAGACCGCCAAGCUAGAAUAGCGAUGGAUCCCCUCUUUGGUAAUAUCUCAGACAACCGCCCAAUUUCAAGUGGAAAAAAUGACCUAAAAGAAAAGCAACAUGGAAGAAAAGAGGUCCGUGAAAGCAGUUUCGCAACAAAUGUUUUCACUGAAAGCAAAGCGCCUCAAGAAACACAUGUUAAGCCAGCAAAUUCAAGUAAAACUGUGAGUGCCUUUGAGAAGCCAUGUUUGUACUGCCAGCAAUCACAUACGCUUGCCUCAUGCAGCAAAAUCAAACACCAGCCACAUAAGGAGCGUGUGGAUUUCUUAAAGCUGAAGGGCUUGUGUUUUGGAUGCUUAGUUCCGGGUCAUCUUAGCAAAUUCUGCAAACGAAGAAUUGAGUGUAAAGAGUGUACUUUAAAGCAUCCAGACAUUCUGCACAUUAUAAAAGAUGAAGGUUCUGUCUUGCCUGUAAAGAAAGAUGGUCGUAAAGGAAGUGAAGUAUCUUGUGCUCAAGUUUCUAUUCUGCAAGAGUCCUGUAAUCUCACGGGGGCUGGAGAAGCGGAAUGUGUGCUAUCAAUAGUACCGGUGAAAAUAAAAUCGAAAAGGAGUGACAAGUGUGUUGAAACAUACGCCUUUCUGGAUCCGGGAAGCACAGCAACGUUCUGCACUGAAGACCUGCAAAGGAAGCUAAACAUUAAAGGGAAACCAACACGAAUACUUCUCAGCACCAUGGGUCAAGACAAACCUGGAGAACAGAAGCUCAUGAACAGUUUCGUCAUAUCAGACCUGGAAGUGUGCGGGCUGAAAGACACCAAGUUCAUUGAUCUACCUAAAGUGUUUACUCAUAGCAACAUACCUGUUCACGUCGGAAACAUCCCUAAAAGGUCAGAUAUCCAGAAGUGGCCUUAUCUCAAUGAAGUAUGCUUGCCAGAGAUAGAAGCGGAUGUAGGCCUGCUUAUUGGAGCUAACUGUUCAGGAGCAAUGGAACCAUGGCGUAUAAUUAAUGCUGAGGAUGGAGGCCCUUAUGCUGUGAAGACUGCCAUUGGCUGGGUUGUGAAUGGGCCUGUAAGAAAAGAACUGGAUGAUGCUAUGAAUGAAACGCCUACUUUUUCAGUAAACAGAAUUUCUGUGAUGGAAAUUGAGAAGCUGCUGGUCCAACAAUAUAACACUGAUUUUCCAGAGCGUAAUUACGAGGACCGAGAGGAAAUGUCUUUUGAAGACAAACAGUUUUUGCAGUCUGUGCAGAAAACCACAACAUUUGAGAACGGGCAUUACAGCAUUGGACUGCCAUUAAGGAAUGAGAAGCUCCAAAUGCCAAAUAACCGUUGUGUGGCGGAACAGCGCAUAGCCUGUUUGCUUAGAAAGUUCAAAAAGAAUCCUGAAUUUUUUGAAGAAUACAAGAGCUUCAUGGAAACCAUCAUUGACAAAGGCUACGCUGUCCAAGUUCCAGUUCAACAGCUGAACCGUGACGACAACAGGCUGUUUUACAUACCACAUCACGGAGUGUAUCACCCGAAGAAACAAAAGUUGCGGGUGGUCUUCGACUGCACAGCUUCGUUUCAGGAUAGGUCUCUGAAUAGUGAACUGCUUCAAGGACCUGACUUGACCAACACGUUAGUUGGUGUGCUUUUAAGAUUUCGUGAGGAGCCAGUAGCUAUAAUGGCGGACAUCGAGUCGAUGUUGUAUCAGGUCAAGGUACCGGAGCGUGAUGCAGACCUACUCCGUUUUCUUUGGUGGCCUAACGGCAAGUUGAACGAACAUAUGGAGGAAUUCCGAAUGACUGUGCACCUCUUCGGAGCUACUUCUUCACCAAGUGUUGCCUCAUAUGCACUAAAAAGAACUGCUGAAGAUCACAAGGCUGAUGUAUCUCCAGAAGCUGUCCAGACAGUUCUGCGCAACUUCUAUGUAGAUGACUGUUUGAAGAGUGUAGCUAAAGAAGAAGAUGCAGUGACCCUGGCUAAAGAUCUCCGCACCCUGUGUGCCAGCGGAGGGUUCACUUUAACAAAGUGGAUGAGCAAUAGCAGGAAUGUGUUAAUGACAAUCCCUGAAGUGCAUAGAGCCAGUGAAGUGAAAGACCUCGAUCUAAGACAUGACGUUUUGCCAGUCGAAAGAACCCUCGGUGUACAGUGGGACACAGAAACGGAUACUUUCACCUACAGUAUGAAGCUGCAAGACAAGCCGAUGACCAGAAGAGGCAUUUUAUCAGUCGUGAAUUCUAUCUACGACCCCCUUGGCUUUCUGGCUCCGGUCAUCUUACCCGCUAAACUCCUGCUUAAAGAUCUUUGUAAAGAACAAUACGGAUGGGACGAGACCAUUGGUGGAAAACAGGCUGAGAUUUGGAAAGGAUGGAUUGAAGAUGUCAGUCAUCUCUCUACCUUCCAUGUGAGCAGGUGUUUGAAGCCUGCAGAUUUUGGAUGUAUUACAGCAGCACAGUUACAUCAUUUUUCAGACGCUUCUGAGUCUGCGUACGGCACUGUGUCUUAUUUGCUGUUAGAGAAUAGCCAAGCCGAGAAGCAUUGUGCAUUUCUCAUGGGGAAGGCAAGAGUGGCUCCACUCAAACUGGUUACCAUUCCCAGACUCGAGUUGACCGCAGCAGUCGUCGCUGUUAAAAUGGACAAGAUGUUACAUCAAGAGCUUCAAGUUCCAUUGCAACAAUCAAUUUUUUGGACAGACAGUACUACUGUGCUUAGAUAUAUUGACAGUGAAACUGCUCGUUUCAAAACCUUCGUUGCGAACAGAAUCUCGUUGAUCCGAGAAGCAACCAAACCAUCGCAAUGGAAGUACAUCAGAACAACAGAAAAUCCUGCAGAUCAAGCCAGUAGGGGCCUGAAAGCUAAAGGUUUGACACAAGGAGGAACCUGGAUCAAUGGGCCGGAGUUCUUGCUGAAAAAUGAAUGUGAUUGGUCAGAACAGCCUGUGCGAAGGAAGGAAAACCUUCAAAAUGAUUCGGAAGUCAAGAAUGGAGCUAUAGUCAACAUGAUCAAAGUUGAAGAAAACGUGAAACCAAUCGACAAACUGAUCAGCUAUUACUCAGACUGGCAUAAACUAAAAAGAUCAGUGGCCUGGAUUUUAAAGGUGAAGGAAAAUCUGUGGAAACUGAAAGAGGAAAGAAAGGAAAUAUCAAGAAAGAUCAAGGAAACUGAAAAAGACCCUGAAAAGGCAAGAUCAAAAUUAGAACAACAGAUGAAGAAAUUCAAAGCAACAGAAAAGAAAUCACUUACUUUGGAUGAUCUGGUGGUUGCAGAAUCGGAAAUAAUCAAAUUCAGUCAAAGACAACAGUUUGGAGAAGAAAUCAAAGUAUUAGAGAAAGGUAAACGGCUCAGUUGCAGCAGUCAUCUGUUGAAGUUGGAUCCGAUUCUUCAGGAAGGCACGUUAAGGGUUGGCGGAAGACUCAACAAGUCUGCCAUGCCAGGGAAUGCCAAACAUCCAGCAAUCAUUUCAAGGCACAGCAGAGUUGCUACAUUGAUUUUGAGAGAUAUACACCAAAGAACAGGACACUGCGGACGCAGUUAUGUCUUGUCACAACUGAGAUGCAGGUACUGGAUCCCACAAGCCAAUUCUGCAAUUCGAAAGAUAAUCAACAAAUGUACAGUGUGCCGCAGGAUUAAUGGAAAAGUCGGUGAGCAAAAGAUGGCGAACCUGCCUGAAGAUAGGCUCUUGCCAGAUAAGCCUCCUUUCACAAAUACAGGUGUUGAUUUCUUUGGGCCGUUUGAUGUCAAGCGGGGCCGGAGUACAGUCAAAAGGUACGGCGUGAUGUUCACUUGUCUCACUCUCAGAGCGGUGCAUCUCGAAGUUGCAGACAGCCUCGACACAGACUCCUGCAUUAAUGCAAUUCGACGCUUUAUGUGCAGAAGAGGUCAAGUUACCAUCAUGCGUUCUGACAACGGGACAAAUUUUGUGGCUGCUGAAAGAGAGUUGAGAGAAGCCAUUCAAGGACUGAAUAAUGACAAGAUUGAAAAAGCCUUGCAACCAAAGGGAAUAAAGUGGAUAUUCAAUAGCCCAGCUGCUUCGCACCAAGGCGGAGUUUGGGAAAGGCAAAUUCGGACUGUGCGAAGAAUCCUUACCUCCCUUUUGAAAGAGCAAUCAGUGAAUGAUGAUUGUCUUCUGACAAUAAUGUGUGAGGUCGAAAGCAUCAUCAAUGGUAGGCCGCUUACAACCAUUUCAGACGAUGUGAAUGACGUAGAACCUUGUAACACCCAAUCAUUUAUUGCUGUUGAAAUCUCAACCCAACAUGCCUCCAGGGAUUUUCAGCAAAGAUGAUAUGUACACAAGAAAGAGAUGGAAGCAAGUUCAAUAUCUUGUGGAUUUAUUUUGGACUAGAUGGACGCGUGAAUACCUUCCACUUCUUCAGGAGCGCCAGAAAUGGCUAAAGCCAAGAAGAAACUUCAUGACAGGAGAUGUUGUGUUAUUAGUGGAUAGUUCUUCUCCACGGAAUUCCUGGCUCAUGGGAAAGGUAAUUGAAACGUUGCCGGAUUUUAAUGGAACAGUACGAAGAGUGAAGAUAAAGACCAAGACCAACACUCUGGAAAGGCCUGUAAACAAACUCUGCCUGUUGGAAGAGGCAAUGUCGGCAGAGUGAAGAAAGAAGAAACGAGUUGAUAGUUUAUGGACAUUUAAAAACUGUUUGGCUCUUAGUGUUUAAGUUUAUAAUUGCUUAGUCUUCUUGCCUAACCAAUUAGGGGCCGGGUAAUGUAAGAGCCAUAUAGGGAUUAGUUCAUUUGUAAUAAUAAUUUUGUAAAAAUAAUAAGAAAAUAUUUCAUGAAAAUUCGUAAGAAACAUUUUUGUGUUUAAAUUCAUAUUUAGUAAUGUUUAGAUCUGAUUAUAUUUAAUUAUUUUGAGCUUCCAGUCAGAUCGCACUAUGUCAUGACGUAAGCGAUUGGACGUAUUUUGUUUGCAGUUUGAAGUUAGAGACGGUGGAAGCAACACAGUUUUUUGACCGUGCGUACCAUGUCUAUGUAACAGUUUUUAUUUUAUGUUUUGAAGUAAACAUUUAAAAAGAAGAUCGUGGUUUGCUCGUGUUUCAAAUACUGGUUACAAUUUGACUGACUUCAAAAAGUGGUACAGAAGAAUUAGAAGCAAAAAGGUGCCACUACAUUUUCUAUUGUGUUUUGGGCGGAGUUCUUUUGCUACGUAAUAGAAUGUGGGGGCGCUAUUUGCUGGUUUCUACUGUGUUGGUCUCUUUUUGACGCGCUAAAUCAUAAACGAAAUAAAGUAAAGAAAGUUGUACAUCUGCAAAUCCAAAUGCAACUAACGGCGCUUGCCUGUACGCGUGAUGCGUUUGCUGCGGUCAAAAAUUUGUUUGACCUUACUCGCCCUUGCUGUAUUUAACAUGUGCACACCUUUAAAGCAUUAGAACCCUCCAGUGGUGCAAACUAAAAUUACAACAAAGAAUGACUCCCACAGAAUGUAAAGUGCAAUGAAAAGUUCAGGUUUUUAAACUCAGCUCAUUUAUAUAAACAGAGCAUCAUGCAUGAAAUAUAAAAGACAACAGUU